GUGGUGGCAGUGAGAGAGUUCAACGUUGUAUGUGUGUGUGUCUGCAGUGAGUGUGCAUCGAGAAGUAGAUACAGGCAUAGCAGUCGUGCUAAUGCGAACAUCUGACCGAGUGUGUCCCGAACCUCGGCACAUUUGCGGUUCUCAAUAAUUAUUUUUCAUAUUUUUAUUCGCUGUAGUUACUAAAAAGUAAUUCUAUUAUUAAUGUGAAUAUCGUUUUUCGAUUUACUAUGAAGUUUUAACUUAUCCAAAUUUUUUAUCGAUGUGUGAUCAGUAGCAUUUUGUUAUUUGUGUCAUGGUGUUUAAUCUGUCAGCAUGGUCGCAACUGCUGACGUAUUUUAAUCAUAAGCUUAAAUCAUCAGAAUGGAUAUGGACCUGAAUCAACUGUUCCACGAGAGAAAUAUCGAUGAUGAAGUUAUUAAACUAAAAAAUGAACUUUACCGGACAAAAAACGCGUUGACGAAUCAAAUUUUUAAGAGACAUCAGAUUGUGGAUGAAUUAUCCUCAAAGUUUUAUCAGAAAAAUUAUGAACUGAAAAAAUGCCAGCAAACAAAUUUUCAAGAGUUGGGAAAAGUUUUGAGGUCUUUGUAUAUAUUCGAAUCGAAACUAAGGCGAGAACAACAGCAGAUAAGACGCCAACUUGGUGAACGAGAUGCUGUAAUAAAAAAACAACAAAUAGAAAUAGCUAAGCUAAAGCAAUGUUUGGCUUCAUAUUACCACAAAAAUGAGCCGCAAGAAGAUAAUGAAACAUCAACUUCAAAACCUGACCUCAUCACUUCUAUUUCACCCCAAACCAAUGGAUUAGUGACAAAGAGUAAUGAUGUUAUUGAUUCAACGAAUAUCGAAUCACUCUCGGUUUCUCCAAAUAUAAUAAAACUGGAGGGCGUAAAAAAAAAUAUUUUAACAGUAGUUGACGUGAGUGGAACGCCUAAAAAAGCUACGAAAAACAACAUUAAUUUCAACAAGAAUGUCUACAGCAAAACAGUCACAGACCUAUCCCUUAAUGAUAUAUCGUCUUUUCCUAAUCCGACACCUAAUAACAAUUUAUUUGUGGUUUCCAAUUCUGUUUUUUCAAAAAGCGAGUUCACGUAUAACGAUCUUUCUAAAGAGAUGAUCACGCCAACCAAACAAAAUGGUAAAAUAAUACCAUCAGCGCUUAAGAAAGGCGAUAAAUUCCCAUGUCCUAAAUCAGUGCACUUUGGAAAAACUACUCAUAUACCUGAGCCAGAUGAAGAUAAUCAGACUGAUAUAGUAAAAACAGUAGAGACACUGUUACUUCAAUGUGGUGAUUCUACAGAAUCGGAAAAUGAAACAUCAAGUACUGCGUCUACUGAAACAUCACCUAGUGUAUCCCAAAUGGUUCGAAAAUUUGAAAGUAUUUGUAUCACCCCUAAUAAUUUGAUGGAUGCUAAAGGACAAUUAUCUCCCAUUAAUGGCGUGAACAGUAGAAGCUAUAUCGCGGAUAAUGAUUUAAAAGUUGCUGCUGAACUUAAGACUGAUUCUGAACUAACACAUUCCUGUACUAGUGCUCUAAAUAGUAGUGAAAGUAGUAAUGAGUCUUUAGGAGAUCUAGACCCCAGAAAUAAUUUUGAAGAGUUUCGAUUCGAAGAUUGUGACUUGGAAAAAGAAUACAGUAGAUCAGAAGCGGAUGGCAAUGAAUUUCCAAUAAAAAAAUUAGUUACAAUAGGAAGUGGAACAGAAAAUUGCUGUAAUGGUACAAAUGUUAACUAUGAAUCAUUUCUAGAAGUGACCGGUUUAAGUCAAAAAUCUAUUAUUACUGUACAAUCGCUAAAUAACAGAAAUGUUUACGGAACACAUAGAAAUGUACAAAAACCCAAAGAUGUAAAAAGUAGAAGCCGAGCAAAAUCGGCUUCUUUUGAAUUUAAGUCUCCAUCAUUAACCUUUCCGUCCACAAUAAAAUACUGGACCGAGCCUUAUCUUUGACUUCCUUCAAAUCAGUUACCAAAUUAAUAAUUAUUUAUUUUAUAAUGCAUUUAAUAACUUUAAUUAUACUACUUCAUUAUAGUAUAUAUUGUUUAAUUGUUGAUUAAUUUAUUUAUUUUUGUAGAAAUUGUAAUCAAAAACAAAAUAUUAUCAUAUGAA